UUUGCAUAAAUGAAAUAAAACGUCGCGUAUUUUUUUUCUUAAGCGCGAAUUGAUUGUCCGUUUAUGGCUUUCCUCUUUUUUUUUUAUUAUUGUUUGUUCCAUGAAUAAAAAGACAAAGAAAGGUUAUCUUUGGGCUUUUGAGCAACAAGACAAAUGGGAUGAUUUAUGUUCAGAAAAAAUACUUCAACUGGACCAAAUAGCCAAAUCACAUAUGGACUGGCUUGAUAGACAUUCUACUGCAAGUGAUUUGAUAUCUUGGAAAAGACCUGCGAUAGACUUGAAAAGAUACAGUAGUCUAGUACAAGACGUGAAGCAGCCAUCAGUGGAUGAAUCCUUCGAUCAAAAGAAACUAGAUUCACUCGAUCAAAAGGAAAUCGAGUCUUUGCCAGAUCACGACAUAAAUCAUCAUUCCGAGCAGUCGAAUGAAGUACAUGAUAGUAAAGCAGAUUCACCAAAGCAAUCUCAAGACGAUGCCCAACCACCAAUAGAUACGCAGUCAAAAGAUACUAAGGACCCGCCUAAAGAUAAAAUAGAGAAUAACACGGUAGAACAAAAGAGUACUAUAGAGAUUAGAUCAGAUCAAAGUGACAUCACUGUCAGUAGCAUGCCCCUUUCUUCUUCACAACAAAGACAUGUAUCAGACAUAGUGCCUGAUUCAACAGAAUACGAUGAACAAGACGACGAAAUACAGUUGGUUGUCUAUAAACGUCAUUAUGAACCCAAAAGUCCUAAACGAGAAGAAUCUCCUCCACCCUCUUCUGUGAUGCCUAUGAUAUCUCCUCCGCCUCCUAUCAAAACUAUCGCAUCCAGCAUGCCAUUUAAACCGCAUAAUUCAUUUAUGAGCCGACUAUUUCGUAUGGGGGCCAUCAAAAGAACUAAAGAAGAUUCCCCGCUGUCUGCUGAUGUAAUUACAACACGACCACUCUCAAGUUCACCAAAAAGUACGGCUGUUGAUAUCGGUGGAUCCAUUGUGCAUCCAACCAUGGAUCAGCCUAUUCAAGUGAAUGAUGUUGAGCCCCAAUUAAAGCGACCUCGCAUUUUAUUAGAAGCUAAAAAGACUGCUAAACCACCUAAACAAGAAGAAACAGAACAAGAAGAGUUUGAAAUUCCUUCUUGGGCAGAAAGUCCUGAACUUGAGCAACAUUUAAGAAAUCAAUCAAGGCUGGAUCCUGAUAAGAUUUUUGGUAAAAUGCCACCAUUACAAAUUCAAGCUAUUUUCCCCCGGACAAGACCCAUCAUACCAGAAGAAGCACCUCCAUAAUUUGUGUUGUGACACCUCGUGUUUUCUUUGACAAUAGAUAGUAAAUAAUUCAUUUAUAUUGACACAGAAUACAGAAAUAUUAACAAGUUACCCGCAUUUUCAUUCUCUACAAAGAAUGACUUUUUUAAAUUCAUUUUAAUUGAUUUAAUAAUUACACUUAAUUGCUUGACAAAAUUUUUUUCUGAGA